AUGUCCAAGAGGAAAGCCUCAGGCUUAGGCCUCAAGGCUUCUUUACGCAACUAUAAACGACCUCGCUACUGGUUGAGACACAAAAGACAGGAGGAUGUGGUCAGAGGCAGAAGAAGCUACACUGAUUUGAAAUCUCAUCGAUCUGAGGCUGGCAAUGGGCUCAAUUUCCCAAAGAAGUUCUGGACAAAGGCUGCCGUAGAAUUGCAGAAGAUCCACCAGGUUAGCCCUGCGAAGGAGGCCAAGCACUGCGCUGGAAAAUGGGGGAGGCUGAGAACCACCUACCAAACUGUCAAAGCACUGUCAGAGCAGUCGGGCUUUCAUUGGGACGACAUUGGCGGUGCAGGUAUCACAGUGGAGAGUGAGACAGUAUGGGCUGAGUAUUUAAAGAAGAACCCUGGCGUCAAGAUUUUUUGCAACAAGGGCUGGACCCAUUUCUCAGCAAUGGACAAUCUUAUGUGUGGCCGUUUUGCCAAGGGAGCAAACAUUUUUCGCUCUGCCCCCCCUUCUGUACCUGUACCAAAUAGCCCUCCUGUGUCUAGCAUUACCCCAUCAUCAUCUAUGUUUCCUCCCCCUGUAGCUAUUACCCCACAAACGCCUAGGAGUGUUAAUACCAACAUGCAUUCCUAUGAUGCCAAUGUUAACCUCUGGCUAGGGGGUGUACCAUCUCCCAAAUCAAUGCCCGCUCCCUCAACUUUAUCAUCAACUACCUCCCGCAGGUCUUCUAGUAGCAAACAAAAGGAGCGUGAUGCAGAGUUAGAUGCCGAUGCAGAUGCAGAUGCCAUGUCGGUUGUCACUCGCAGCAAGAGCACAGAUAUAACUGUGCAUAGCCGCAGCUCUAAAACCCCUUGUGUGGCUGCCAAUGCAAUGACCGCCACUGCUCUGACAGGGUUGAAUGAUACGCUGGGUCAGAUUGUGCCCAUCAUGAAGGGAAUCACGGACACGAUCCGAAAUGAAUUUGACACCCCUUUAACAAAGCAGGGCAGUUCUUCCGCCGUCAUACCAUUAUCCGCCCUAUGCAACAGAUUUGCAUAG